AUGUAUUUGAAUUUUUCUAAUUCUUUUUCGGAUAAAAUUAGAGCUCCUUUCGCCCCAUUACCAGUGAAUCUGCCUUCUCAUCCUUGUAGCCAUUUAAAUUCAACCCAUAUCAAUGAUUUGGAGAAAACAAAAUCAAGAUGUCUAGAUCUACAAGAAGGUUAUGAAAAAGUUAUUAAUAAUUGUCAAAAUCUUAAUGAUGAUAUUAAAAUUAAUAAAAUUUUACAAUAUUUAGAAGACGAUAUUUCAUCACUUCGCACUUGUCUUUUAAAGAUAGACUUUGGAAUUUCGAUCAUUACUAUAGGUGCAGACUUGUGA